GGUUACUCGCGCGGACAGGAAGCACGUGUUCGCUUACUGGCUGCAAAAACAUGGAUAACGUAACUGAAGGAACGUGGGAAUCUUUACCUCAAAAGUUAAAUGAAAAUAUUCUCCAAACGCUCAGGGACUUGGACUUCACACGUAUGACUCCAGUUCAGGUAGGGGAAGGAUUGCUGCUGGUUUGUCAACCCUGACAGUCUGCACUCACUGGGGGUUAUAAUUAUCUUCCUUUAGACCUUUCCUCCUCUGUUGGACCCUUUUAGUCUGAAUACUUUUGUAUGUACAUAAAGCAUAUCUCUCACUUCCCUGGUGCAUUGCUUUAACACUAGGACUGUAUAUCUGAAGGUAAAGUAAUCGCCCCUAUUCCUUAAUUUAACACAAUUUAGUUAUUGACACAGGAGAGAGAAUAAACAAGGACAAGCAAAUUGUCUUUCUGUUAAAAGCCCCUGUGUUUCAUAUAUUAUAGAACUGAAAAUUAAUGAUUGUGGUUUAAUAGACGAGUUCUCACCAGUUUUCUAUAUUUCUGCAGCUGGUGAAUUGUUUUGUGUUUCAAAACCCUUUCUUACAGCUAACUUUCAGAGGCAACAUAUAACCUUAUCUACUGGUAAUAUUGUUAGUACAUAUCAAAUAUUUAUCAUUUAAACUUUGCAUAUGGUUUUAAAAUCCAUAAUCUGAGAGUUCAGUAUGUACGUAUAGCAUGCUUACUUACAAUACAGAGGGAUUUAUUUUCUAAAACUGAAUUAUAGAGAAUUGAAAACAACUGCAAUAUAAUUGAGCUGUAAAACCUCUCUAAUUACAUUCUUUUUCCAACUCCAUUGCAUAACUUUGGCAACUUUGUAUAUUGAUGGCUGUGCAUUGAUACAUAAAAAGCAAAACUAAUGUACACACAGGCAUUGGGUAUCCACUAAUCACUAAAUCAUAUAGUACAAUUUCAGAUGAAAUAACAAUUGAUGACAUUAAAUGAGAAAUAGGUGCAUGAUAAGUACACGUUGCUUUUUAUUUGAACGUAUAUUGCAUAUCCCAUAAACAUAUAAUUACCGAUUGCACUUGCAUUUACUUGGUCUUCUAUUUAGUAGUUGUAUUUCUUUAUUUCUAGUCAGCAACAAUUCCUCUUUUUAUGAAGAACAAAGACAUUGCUGCAGAAGCGGUGAGUGUGGGGCUGCUAUAUAGCAUACAUGAUUUUGAUUAAUAAAGUAUUUUCUAGCCAGCGGUAAAAAAGGGACCAGUCCAUGGCAGUUUCACUUUAAAAUAAUCAUGCAGAGGCAUAGAUCUAGCUCUGUUACCAGUCAUAUGGCACAGUAGUGCUGACAAUGUUAGAAGCUGUAACAUGCUUACACAUUUUAAUUGAAGUACUCAUGGCCACUACGGCCUUAAUGGUGGGAAAACUAUCAAGACAUGAAUGCAUACAGUUUUUUUCCUUUGGGUGGUAGAGCACGCUUUGAGCUUCAUGUAAAAUGAUGCUAUCCUGAACAAGGCCUCCUUUUCAGAUAUAGCUAAAUCACAGGUGCCCCUUGAACUUUAGACAUAUCAGUCAUGUCCAAACAUGGAAUUGAUUUCUAUAAUGCAGCAGAAGGAAUUAGCAAUAUCAGAACAAGUGGCUGAACCGCUUAAGUCUGUAGGAUCCUGUUAAAUACUUGAAUACUGUUCAAAACGGUUUGACUACUUGUGGAAUGGUGCCAGAGGAUGUCUGGCACCAUAACAACUACUGGGUGCAUUAGUGUUUAAGGUACCUAGACUCACCCUUUAGCUAAUGAUAAAGGACAAUAGCUGAAGCAUUCUAAUGUGUUUAAGCUAAUUAGCCAAUCAAUAAAAAUCAAUUUAAUGUGAAGAUUGGAGGGUAGAAUGGCUCCCAGCAACCUCCACUUAAUUGAUUUGAUGUACCCAGGAUUCAUCAAAUGCAUGGAAUAAGCUAAGUUAAAUAAUUGUGGUGCAAUAGUAGGUUUUUAAAAUGUAUUUAUUUUGUAUGUCUCACACAGAUAACUGGAAGUGGCAAAACUCUGGCAUUUGUAAUUCCACUUUUGGAGAUUCUUCUGAAAAGAGAACAGAAAUUAAAGAAAAGUCAGGUACUAUCAUGGUAGCUCUGGUAAUUGUGUUUAAUAAAAUCAAUACAUACUUCUCAGCACACAUCCAUACCCACCUGUGGUAUUUUCUGUAUGCGUAUUUAAUACAAGGCAAGGCAUCAAUAUAAUGCAGAGUAGUAGGUGUACAUUAAAUAUCACUGUGUUGGCUCAUAUCAAAUUUUUUUUAAAAAGGGUUAUUCCGCUGCAAUAUAUGUCAUACAUUCAAUACAAGAAUGUGUAAUUAGAGGUGCAAUAAAGCCAUGAGUCCCAGAUUUUGUUAAAUGAGGGAAGAGUAUUACAAACAGUGACCUAUAAUUAUUCCAUCAAAUUGGUUUAUUCUAUUUUUAGCAACAACUAAUUGUAAGUGUGGUGUCUCACAAACCAGGUGGUGGACAUUGUUAUUUUGAGUAGUUUUGUUUUUUUCUAUUAUACUAAACAUCACGUUAAGUAUAAUUUCUUUUUCUUGCAUGUGUUGAUUCAUGCAGUUUUGCAGGUAUAUUCUCUAACCUGCCCCCUCACAAACAACACUGAAAUAGGUUGCUCUGUACGUGUUAAUUCGCGUAAGCUGCCAUUGUGAAGCAGCACUUGUGAAACGGACAAUGGGCUUUAAUAAUAAAGCAUACUGAAUCUGCAGUAUUAUUGUUAGUGCUUCAGGUACUUGUCAUUCUAUUUAACAGAAAUAAAAUAUAACUUUGUAAUAGCUUUACUGUUGAAAGCUAUAUUUACCAUUUUUAACUCGUUUGAGGCUACUUUUAUUGCUAAUAAUUGACUCCCUUAAGAUUGUACCCUUAAAGGAGCACUCCUAGCACCAUAAUUACUAUAGUGUGUUGUGGUGGUUAUGAUGACUGGUGUCCCCCUGUGUAAGUAGUCACUUUUCACCUGGGACCGCCCAGGUACCAUCACCUCAUCUACGCAGGUUCUCUGGAUUUAGCUAAGCCUGAUAGUGCAGGGCUUAGCACAUUGACUAGCAGUGAUCAGCUGAUGCCCACAGGCAAUGAGUUAGUCCAGCAAGGCUGGAUUUAGCUCAGGAGAGCGAUUGGUAGCUCCGUGCCUCCCUAUUGAGGAGGUGACCUGCUCCUGGCAGAUCCCAACAAAAAAGUGUAACCAUACGCAAAGAAAGACAACACCAUAACCACCACAGUUCCUGCCAAUUCACAGUUUAUUGAAUAAUUCUGACUUUGUUGCACAAUUGUAUGCAUUCUAUUCAUUCAACCUUGAUCUUCUAUAUAGAAGCAAAGUUACAACUGCUGCUUUUUUGUUUCUUUAUGCAGGUUGGAGCUAUAAUCAUUACCCCAACCCGUGAGCUUGCUGUUCAGAUUGACGAGGUGAUCUCUUAUUUCACUAAGCAUUUCCCACAGUUUAGGUAAGUCACUUCUCUCUUUUUAACAGUACUUUUGAAAUUGUCAUAUCUAUGGUUCUAUGUAUAGUGGCAACUUUAUUCUUCUGCAGAACAUAAUUUAUUUUUAAAACCUAGUAUUAUAAUGCAUUUAAAUCUUCAUUAUCUUAAUUGACUAUAACGCCAUUCAGAGAAAUUGUAUUUUUUUUUUUUUACGUUUUUUUAAUUUUAUUUUUAUUUACUAAUUUGACACAUAUGAUUCUAUAUUUUUAUAUUUUGAAUGUCGCUUGGUUUUUUUAAAUUUUAUUUUUUAUUUGUAAUUUUCAUUUUGCAUGCUUUUUUACUUUUUAAAUGCAUUUUUUGAAUGUCAGAGAGAAAGCAAUACAAAACAUAUAUUGGAUAUCAAUGAGUAGUUUCAUGAACAAUUGAUAUAAGCAAUCAUGAAUAGCAGAGUAGGUACACAGACCUUCUCUUUUCUGUUAAAUCAUAAUAAAACAAAACUUAACAGAAACAUGCCUGCCAGUUCCCUUAAUACUUUUUAAAUGGGCACCCUAAGGACCACUGCUUCUUAAGGCCACCUCUAGUAGCUGUAACUCAGACAGCUACUAGAGACAUUUCACCCUCUGCAUAAAGAUUCCAAAUGCUCCCCAUACAGAUGAAUCUAUUUGAGGAGAUGCUGAUUGUAGCAGCUCUGCAGUUGCUGCACAUGCAAAUUAGCUUCCCAGUGCUUUUAUUUUGGGAAGCAUAGGAUUGGCAUAGAUGAUCACAGCCAUGGUAGGUACAAUAGUUAGAGUGUGUGGGGGACUAAAGAUAAAUACAACUCUAAAUCUAACUAUUUAAGAGGAGGAGGCAUAACACUAAGUACUUAAAGAGAUGAUAUAGUGCCAGGAAUACAAAGUUUCCUCUGCCUCCCCCCUCCCUCCCUAAUGUAGAGUGUGAGGGUGUCCAGCGUCGGUUACCGUACCAAAAGUCUUAACUUCAAGGAAGUGUCUAGUAGACAGCCACUGGAGGCAGACUUAGUGCUCCAAUGAAAACAUUGCAGUUUCUCUGGAACGGCAAUAUUUUACAUUGCAGCACCAAGUGCAAUAAGGACCCCAGACCACGUCAACGAGCUGAAGUUGUCUGGGUGCCUGUAGUGUCUCUUUAAAGGGACACUCCAGGCACCCAGACCACUUCUGCCCAUUGGAGUGGUCUGGGUGCCAACUCCCACUACCCUUAACCCUGCAAGUGUAAUUAUUGCGGUUUUCAUAAAAUGCAAUAUUUACCUUGCAGGGUUAACUCCUCCUCUAGUGGCUGUCUACUAGACAGCCACUAGAGGGCACUUCCGUGUUUAUAGCACACACUCCGUGUGCUAUAGCGUCGCUGGACAUCCUCACACUAUGUGAGAACCUCCAGCGUUGCUGAAAUCCCCAUAGGAAAGCAUUGAAAGCAUUUUUCAAUGCUUUCCUAUAGGGAGGUCUAAUACACGUGCUCGGCAUUGCAUUGGGAGGAAGAGGUUUGUUUUCCGUUCACUGGAGAGUACCUGUAAUUUAACAAAUCACUCUUACUGUGGGAAUACAUGUUGAUAUUUCUAUCAUUAGAGAGGUCAUUUAAGUGCAUCCCCUUUCCUUGCAUUAAUUGAUUGUGUAUUGAGAAGUUUAACUACAGUCUAGAAAUUAUUUUUAUCAAAGUGAUUCCUAACUGUUGUUCUUUAUUAGAGUAGCUACUGGUUAGUCUUUGUAACAACCUAUUGCAUAUUGAAAUUCAAUGCUUCCCUAGUGCUGCAUGUGAAAGGUUACUGUGUUAAAUUACUGACACUUUCAAAACCACCAUUGUCUAUUUGUUUAUUUGCACAAAAAUAAUUUUUUUUUUUUUUUGGAUGACUUAUAUCCAGCCAGAUUCUGCUUAUCGGGGGGAGUAAUCCAGUUGAAGAUGUGCAGAAGUUUAAGGAGAAAGGGUAUGCUUUGUACUUGUCUACCCAAAAUGUUACAUCUAAUGAUAUUAUGUUUGUUCCAACAAGAUUGAUGACAAACAGAGAAAAUAUUCACUUCCUGUAUUCAUUCCAUUCCUCUACCAAAAAUGCAGUAAAAUUGGACAUGAUCACAAUUGUUUAAAAGCUUUCUGUACUCUUUAGGUAUAAGCUUCAUAUCUUACACUGGUUGGGAUCUGUUACAAGGUUAAUAGAACAGCAUGGCAUCAUCCUGCCCCUUAGUUAAAUCCUCUCCCACUCCAGCUCUGUUUGGUAUUCUACAUGCAAUCCAUUUCAGGCUUUUACCUUAAACCUGCAUGCUAUAUCAGUGGGAAAAAAAGGUAGUAGGUUAAAUAUUGAUCAAUUUCUUUUUUAAUUAUUUACAUAUUUCUGUUUCAGAGAUAGCAACAUUCUACAGUGAGAAAGUAUUUUAGUAAUAUUUGCCAUCAUUCUAGACAGAAGUCUCCAUUUAUGAAUCCUUGUGAUAGAUUACCUCACUAAUUUCCCCCUUUGUCUUUAAAAGAGGAAACAUUAUUGUGGCCACGCCUGGGCGACUGGAAGACAUGUUUAGAAGACAGGCUGAUGGGCUGGAUUUGGUUACUUGUGUGAAAACCUUGGAAGUCCUUAUUUUGGAUGAAGCAGACAGACUUCUAGACAUGGGAUUUGAAGCAAGGUGCUACUGCUUUCAAAUUUUGAGAUCUCACAUGAUUCUUCCUACUGUUAUCCAGUUCCUUCAAUUAAAAGCCUAUUUUACCUUUGUUUCAGUUUAAACACCAUCCUUGGAUACUUGCCAAAACAGAGGAGAACUGGACUGUUCUCAGCCACGCAGACUCAGGAGCUAGAGAAUCUGGUGAGAGCCGGCUUGCGGAAUCCCGUCCGUAUUACUGUAAAGGAAAAAGGUGUUGCAGCAACAAACACCCAGAAGACCCCAACACGCCUCCAGAAUUGUUAUAUGGUGAGCUCAUGCCCUUCUCUGCCUCCAUUCCACUUCCUAUUUGUUGCAUCAGACUUGGAAUUUCUAUUUCACGUAACCUUUUUUUUUUAAUAUUAUUAUUAUUAUUAUUAUUAUUAUUAUUAUUAAUGUGACAGAGAGCAGGAUCUUACACAUCUGGUCUACAUAAUAAUUUAUUUUCUUAUUCUUUCCAUUGUUGAAUCAUAUUUUCUUUGUGUAUGUAUAAAUAUUCUUCCUCAUCCUGCUUAAUUCCUAUUUUGGAUGUAAAGCAGAGCAGGAUUUUUGACAAUUAAACUCGGGACUACAGGAUGCUGUAGGUUCAAUUCUCCAUAUUUGGUAGAGCUGUCCUAGUUUGCCUUUGGAAAAACUGCACUUGGCAAUAGUACAAAUUAUCCAUCGUUUGAGUCAGCCGAAAUUCCACUGCACCAGAGUCCAUCUACUCUGUGGUGGCAGUGAUGUCACCUACAUUCCAUCAAUAGCUGCAGGGAGUUGGGAACAUCUCCACGAUAGAACCUUUCACUACUUCCUUGCUUGGGAGAGUAGAAAAAAAAAAUCACCUUGACUUGGUUUGAAUUUCUAAGGCUAUUGUCAUGUGCAGAGAAAGUCUGGAGGACUUCCUUCCCAAUGCCCAAUAGAAAGGCUGAAGUUGAUGCAUGCAAGUCUUUUUUUUUUCAGCCUAUAUAAAGAUAAGUAACCCAUCCCUUUCACCAUCACCCUUCUCCCUUACUUUCUAUCACUCUUCACUUUACAUAUUCCUCUUUGUCUUCAGUCAUUGCUCUCUACACCCCCUGUUUUCUAGUCAUUUGUCAAAGUUGUUCUAUACUUUUUUCUGUCUUGUAAUUUUAAAAAAGACAGUUUACUUUGAUAAUGGUGUAAUGAAGCACUUGAACCAUGGACCUCCUUUGGUGUACCUUCUCCUGCUCUUAUCUGUUGAAAUGCAAUAUUGCAUACCCAAGGUAUGUUUCAUUGUCCUGAGUAAUAACAGAUCAUAGUCCCUGACCCACACAAGUGGUAUCUUGCUAGAGUUGGCGGUGGUUGAACAUGUUGGCCACCCUCACCUAAGUGGUUAUGAUGUUCCUUAGAUCUCCUACUGGUAACUGUUAAAGCUCAACCUCUUGCUUAUUAACAAUGACCUAUUUGGUUUUGUAAAUUUUAUUUUGUUUUGUUCUGUUUUGUUUAUGUUGAGAAAACUACAAAAUAGUGAAUGUAACGGAUUGAAUAUCACUUUCCAACUGUCAAAGAUCCAAGACAACUUUUAAGUUGUCAUUUGUGCCAUAUUUUUGUAUCAUGCAUUCACAAUAAAAAUUGUUUUGGGGAAUAAAACAUGACAGUUUACAAAGAACAGUAGUGUGUACUUCGCAAACUAAUCCAAUUUGUUGUUUGUUUUAAAAUGCCAAACAUCUGUGUGUAAGUUAAUUUGUAUGAUUUAUAUGUAUUCACAGAUCUGCAAAGCACAUGAAAAAUUCAACUAUCUGUUGAGCUUCCUGCGGCAGAGAAAGCAGGAAAAACACUUAGUGUUUUUUAGGUAUGUGUCCUUUAUAAGCUGUGAUGCUGUCUAUUUCAGCCAUCUCUCUAUAUUCACACAGUGCUGUUAUCCUGUUGUUUGUGCAGUACCUGCGCCUGUGUGGAGUACUAUGGGAAGGCCCUAGAAGCAAUGAUAAAAAAUGUAAAGGUGAUGUCUCUUCAUGGAAAAAUGAAACACAAACGCAACCGUAUAUUUGCUGAGUUUAGGAAGUUGGACAGGUAAACUGGGCAACUCUCUGCUGUAUAGUAAAACUGCAAUUUACAAAUGUCUAUAUAAAACAUGACGUAUGAAGAAGCCCUUUCUCUGUAUUAUCUUCCCAUGUAGCGGUAUUUUAGUGUGCACUGAUGUGAUGGCUCGCGGUAUUGAUAUCCCUGAAGUAAACUGGGUUCUGCAGUAUGAUCCACCCAGUAGUGCAAGGUAAGAAAUCACAGUGCUCCUAGAUGCUUACUAACUUCCUUAACUAGCUAGGACAAUAGCCUUUACAACACACUGUAGUAGUUAUGGUGCCAGGAGUCCCACCAUUUUCAGACCAUUUUCACCAGUGAGACACUUCCCUGGGUCCUACAGUUGCCUCAGUCAAGCCCCUCUGCACAGAUAUUUCCAAUGUCCAAGUUCCUACUUCCGCAUUAGCAAUAUUAAUCUCUUUGUAUGGAAAUUAAUUUGCUGAACGUGUCAGCUGACACUUUUCAACCAAGGAAUUCUGUCCAAGGUUGGACAAGCAUAAUAUUGCUAAAGAGAAAGUUUAACUUAGUGAUAUCUGUACAGGUUUGGAUCACUGCUUGUGAGAGGCCUCGGUAAGUGUCAAACCACUUGAAAACAGUUUGACUCUUUUAAUAGUGGGACAUUUGCCGGGGGACUGCCGUCUAACCACUUUCAAACGGAAAAGGUUGUUUGGGGCAGAGAGAACAAAUUAAUUACUACUGACAAUCGGGAUAGGGAGAUGGAGCUACUACAUGCAGUUCGGGGUGGCGUUUAGUUGCUGACAGUGUGGAGGUAGAUUGGGUUGUUGACAUGGAAUGAGCAGGGUUGUAAUAAGUGGAGACGAAUUGAGUGCAAACAGACCUCUUUGUUUAUACCCUGACCCUUCAACUAGUUGACCCCACUGCAUUUACAUGAACACUGACCUUCCACACUACUACACCAUAGUGUAUGUGUGUAUGUAUGUGUAUGUGUGUAUAUAUAUAUAUAUAUAUAUAUAUAUAUAUAUAUAUAUAUAUAUAUAUAUAUAUAUAUAUAUAUAUAUAUAUAUAUAUAUAUAUAUAUAAUUUAUUAGUAAGGUGUGACUGAUACCCCUCUAUGCACUAUUAACAAGAGGUCCACAUCUGAUAACCAUUUUAAAUUAGGGAGACCGGGUAAUAACUGCUUGAUCCAAGGAUAAAUCUGACUGCCAUUCUGGGGUCAACAAGGAAUUUUUUUCCUAGCUUGUUGCAAAAUUGUGCUUCAAACUGGUUGUUUUUGCCUUCUUUUGGAUCAACAGCAAAAAACAAAUGUGAGGUAGGCUGAACUUGAUGGACGCAAGUCUCUUUUCAGCUAUGUAACUAUGCAACCUCAGCAAACUAAAACAAGAUGCAAGAGAAUACAGAGAACACAAAACAACUCAAACAGCUUGCAUUUCAGUGGGUACUUGCUUAGUUCUCAGGCUGGUUUUUGCUCAUUUGUAGAAAUGAAACCAUUUGGUUUCCAGACAGGUAAAAGGCUCCUGUGUUAGCUGAAACAUUGCUACUUGUGUGCUUCCAGCUAUGCACACGUGAUUUUUGGAAAAUGGCCUUUUUUUUUUUUUCUGUUUCAAAUAGUUUUGUUUGAUAACUUACCUAGGUCCUCUGGGAAUUAAAGCUGCAUGUGAUCUAUUACAACAGAAGCCAGAUAACUUUGUAGAGAAAAGCAUAUUGGACUGCACUUAGUAGCUCCAAGCCAGUGAGUGGGUCCUGCUGUACUCAAUAGAGCAGUCAGGCUUAUCCUGCCAGAGAAGACUAGAUGUAGCCAUGAACACCCACAUAAGUUGUCAAGUCUGCUAAAACUGAUUGACAUGUUAUCUUGGGAUCGCAACUGCACUCUUGGCAUCAAACUAAUUAAAGUGGGUUGUAGUGGUUAUGGUGUUUAGCGUAUUACUUUAAAUAUAAAUCUGCUUCUCAUCAGAGCCUCUGACUCUGCAUCCUUUACUUUCAGUGCCUUUGUUCACCGCUGUGGACGUACAGCCCGGAUUGGUCGUCAUGGCAGUGCUCUUGUGUUUUUGCUUCCCAUGGAAGAAUCAUAUGUUGAAUUUCUUUCAAUAAAUCAAAAGGUAAACAUUCCCUUUAUUCAACACUGUGCCUUUAGUAAAAAAAAUCUUUAGCAACAUAUUAUGUGCUCUCCCAUUAAUAGCAUAUUUCAUAAUUUAUCUAAGGAAAUGCAAAUCAAUUUGAUUUCUUUCUGCUAGAUCAACUACUAACAAGAGAAAGUAUAAGUGGCAUAACAAAAAUGCUUCCUUUGUUUUUAAAACUUCAGGAAGAAAGGGAAGCCAUGCUGCAGGCUUCUCCUCCACCACUCCCUGGUUGUUUUCCAGUUAUUAACCUAUGCUAGUGCUUAAUUCAUUAAUCCAAUUUCAGUAACAUUGUACAUUUUAUUCUCAUGUUUUUUUGUUUUUGCUUGGUUACCAAUUACCUUUUUAUUCACACUUUCCCAAAGUGCCCACUGCAGGAAAUGACAGAGCUGACCUUUUCUCAGGACCAUCUGCCUAAACUGAAGUCCCUGGCAGCAUCAGACCGGGCCAUGUUUGAUAAAGGAAUGAAAGCCUUUGUGUCUUUUGUCCAGGCUUAUGCCAAGCACGAGUGCAACUUAAUCUUCCGGGUAAAAGGUAUCGUGUUCAUCCUGACCUGUCCAUUAGCUCAAUAUGCAAAUUUUUAUUGUUUUAAUGCCACAAGGGUUGCUGAGAUAUACACAAUAUAUAAGUGACAAUAUGUUGAUAUAGUGUAAUUAAAAUGACUAAAAAGUGCAUAGAAUUGUGUGAUCACCAGAAUUGCAAAUCAGUCUAAGAAAUUGAAAAACAUAUGGAUGACUUAUUCUUUCAUAAUGGCUGACUAGAUGCCUUAAAGCAAUCCACAAAGUGGGGUUUUUAAUUGGCACCAAAAUAUGACAACUAUCCCCUUAAGGCCCAAAGAUAUUACAUGCCAUCCACACAAUCUGAUCCUCAACGAUCUUAUUCCUGCUGCUGCUCAAAAUUCCCACUCACAACUAGCCAUUGGCUAGUGAGAAUUUAGAAAUUCAAGUAGAAAUUUGUUGUGCCAUGGAUUGCUUGCACAGGCGGGUAACUUUUUUUUUUUUUUUAAGAAUUCUUUAUUUAUGGUUCAUUUUGUUUAAUACAAUGUGGUAUACAAGAUGAGGGAUGUGGGAUACAGAAGAGAAAUGGUGGUGAGGUAAAGAAAGGUAUUGUACAGUUACACAGUCCCAUCCCUCCCCCUCAUCUCUGUUUCUGCGGUUACAAUCACACAAUUACCCAUUUACAUAUGCAAGGAUGUCACAAGCUGGGGUCAGAUAGGUUGUGCAGUAGAGAUCUCUGUCAGUCCUCUGUGGUGCGUAACUCUGGUAUAUGGGGAGGAGUGUAUAUAGUCGCUUAGGUUAACCCCAGAAUUGGCCCUUGGGGGUUGUUAUGCUACCGCGUGGACGUCAUUGUUGCGGUCUACGUCUGUGUCCCUGUUUUCCCAUCUCUCCGCUGUGCCCCUCAUCCCUGUUGACCUAUCGUCCAUGUGGCUAUACCAUCGUUUGCUAUUUCUAGGGCGUUAGUUGUCUACAAUUGAAAGGUUUCGCGGAGUUAAACGGUGACCUUCUAUGUAUUCCAUUGUUCUCGCUUGGUUACGUGGGUUUUGGGGUGUGUCUGUCACAGAAAAGAAAGGGAAGAAAGCUCUGAACCCUGUUGGUCCUGUGCAGGGGAAAAAUAGUGGUACUACGGCUAGGGGUGGUGGUCGAGAAGCCCUCCCCAAAGUGGGGGGGUUUAAGGGUUGGCUGUUGGGGUGUGACGCGGAGCCCCAGCCUGGCACGCCCCCAGGAUUAAGGAGAGCGCGGGCUUAUAAGAGUUAUCUGAGGGAGUUGAGUCUUUGUAGUUAAUCGAGAAUGUCUACUACUGCAAGGUGUUUGCAUCUGUGAGAGUUGGAGUUGUGUUCACCAGGGUAGGGAAGUAUCCCCUUCCAGCCAUGGGUCCCAGAUUUUGUGAAAGUGUUUGGGCGUAUCGUGGAGUUGGGAUGUAAGCUUAUCCAUUUGUACGUGGUCCUGUAUUUUUUUUGGUUAUGAGCAAUUGUGAGGGUAGCCGGUUUGUCGACCAGAGUUCCGCUAUUGCUCGCCUUGCUGCCAGAGCGAUACGCGCGCUAAGUUUGUUUUCUGCUCUGGUUAGGGUCUCUAGAGGUUUGGAGAGCAGUAGGGCCCAUGGAUCUAGAGGUUAUGGCUUAUGUAAGAGUUUCGUCAGUAAGGUAGUGACGCUGAUCCAACUUUUAAGACUUAUAAAGCCUGGCUAGAGGCCAAGUACCUAAAGUUUUAAGAACUGAGUGGCACAUUCCAUUUUGAUAUUGGAUGUUUAAAGGAUUGAUAGUUAUGAAAGAAUUAUUGUCAUAGGUCCUUAAAGGACCACUCUAGGCACCCAGACCACUUCAGCUUAAUGAAGUGGUCUGGGUGCCAGGUCCAGCUAGGGUUAACCCAUUUUUUCAUAAACAUAGCAGUUUCAGAGAAACUGCUAUGUUUAUGAAUGGGUUAAGCCUUCCCCCUAAUCCUCUAGUGGCUGUCUCAUUGACAGCCACUAGAGGCGCUUGCGUGCUUCUCACUGUGAUUUUCACAGUGAGAGCACGCCAGCGUCCAUAGGAAAGCAUUAUGAAUGCUUUCCUAUGUGACCGGCUGAAUGCGCGCGCAGCUCUUGCCGCGCGUGCGCAUUCAGCCGACGGGGAGGAGAAGAGGAGGAUCGGAGGAGAGCAGCUCCCCGCCCAGCGCUGGAAAAAGGUACGUUUUACCCCUUUUCCCCUUUCCAGACCCUGAGGGUGGGGGCACCCUCAGGGCACUAUAGUGCCAGGAAAACGAGUGUUUUCCUGGCACUAUAGUGGUCCUUUAACCCCUUAAAGGACCAAACUUCUGGAAUAAAAGGGAAUCAUGACAUGUCACGUCAUGUGUCCUUAAGGGGUUAAAAUACCUCCAAAUCAUCAGUUAAGUUAAUAAAUAUAUAUAUGUAUGUAUGUACACAGUAGUACUCAGGUGAUGUAUUUUUAAUGGUUACUUAUGUCUUUUCAGAUUUGGAUUUCUCCUCUCUUGCCCGUGGCUUUGGUCUUCUAAAAAUGCCCAGAAUGCCAGAGCUACGAGGGAAAGACUUUUCAGAUUUUGUCCCUGCCCCUAUUGAUACGGACUCCAUCCCUUACAAAGACAAGAACCGAGAAAAACAAAGGCAGAAGAUGCUGCAGGAAAGGAGGAAUGUGGUGGGCGAGACUAGGAGAAGUUUUGUAAAAAACAAAUCCUGGUCCAAACAAAAAGCUAGAAAGGACAAGAGAAAGAAAACCGCACUGAAAAGGAAAAAUCAAGAGGUGAAGUACAGUAUUUCCUAUAUUUAUAAUUUUAAUAUGAUAACAGGAUGUAUUCUUGAUUUGUUUUUCCCAUUAAAUUACACUGGGGAAUUAGCCAAAAUGAUGUGGCCUAACAUGUAUAGAAAUGGCAAGGGAAGUGCACUGUACAUUUAGAGAUUAUAUACCUGUACAAUAAUAAACUUAGUAGACUUAACAUACUCACUUUGGGUAAAAUUAAACGUAACCAUUAUUUAACCAACAAAAUAUAACUUGACAGUAGAUAGGUACAUUAAAGAGGGCAAACAAAACCCGUUUGAAUGCAGGGCCACAAUGUUAAUCUAAUAUUUAGGACAGAACUGCUAGUCUGCUUAAAUAGUAUCUUUCUUCAUGUGUUUGCCUCCUCUUGUAUAUUACAGGGAUCGGAUAUAGAUGAUGAGGAUGUGAAUGACCUGCUCCAAGACACCAGAUUAUUAAAGCGGCUGAAGAAGGGUAAAAUCACAAAAGAAGAGUUUGAAAAGGAGUUCUCCACCUCAGAUAAAAAGGCUUUAGAAGAUGAACCUUCUGACUGAAUGCAUUCACUUGAACUCAUUGUGAUCAGUCACUUCAAGGUGUUUAGCUAUUGGGAAAUGUGAAAAGGACAUCUGUGACCCUUUAAAUUCACAGGAGUCGUAAAUCUGAGAAGUCGAAUUGUGUUCCUUACAUUUUUGGAUAGAGUAGAGAACCGUGUCCAUGCCAACCUAAUCACCUCCUAUGUACAGUAAAUAUUUUUGCAAUCAAUUUUUGUGAUUUUUAGAUGUUGGAUUGGAAAAAUAACAUUCACAUGCAUAUCUUUUUCUAUCCUCUUAAUGUACAUAAACCAGGACUUAUUUAUUGGCAUAAUGGUGAACAUGAUUUUAAAUACUAUCACAAACUUUCUAUUUUGCUCUUCAUGUGAAAAGUCAUCUAAUAUCCAGUUUAUCUAAACCCCCCUCCAAAAAUUUGACCUUUGUAAUCGUUGUAACCCCUUCAGGACCAAAGGACCAAUUUUGAGUGUCAAGAUUAGAUGUGAUAACCAAAUCUAGUCCUGAAGGGGUAAGUACAAAAUAUCUGUACAGGAGAGGUAGUUACUCCAAAACCAUACGAAAUGGUCAUGGUACUUGGUCUGUACGUGCAGUGUUUGGUUAUGAAAUGCUUUGCUGCUAGAGCUGUAACUCCACCUCCUGCAGAGACACUGGGGCAUCAUAAGCCAGCCCAGAACAAGUGUUCCAGGCUUGUUGAUGUCACUUCUGUGCAUAUUUCUAUGCACAAAAUGUAAUUUGUGUCAGUUGACGCUCUGACUAUGAAUGAGCAGCAGAAUUUGCAUGUGGCUGCUUCAGCUCUGAAGAUGCCAACUGUGGAUGAGAGCUGGUGCUUGGGGGGGAAUUCAGGUAAAGGGGGCAAACUGUUUAAAUGUUUUUUUUUUUUUUGCUCCAGUACAGGGGAAUAGCACCAAGGUACUCCCACCAUCAUAACCACUAAAGCAGCCUUUAAAACAACUUUGCUAUAAUGUUCUCUCAAAAUAAAAACAUUAAAAUUUAAAAGUAAUGUUGUCCCAAUAAUUCCAAACACUGGUAUAUAUUACGAACAGAUUUUAUUUAUAAUAUUAUAGAUAGAGUUUGAUAAGCUCAUCACUGAUUGCAGAGGGAGUCAGGACCCCAAGGUCUGUGAAAAGUAAUGUAAUUAGAGAUGGGGAGGUGUAAUCGAUCCAAGGAUGUUCCUCUACAAGAUCCUUGUUCUGCUGUUGUGUGUCUGCUUUAUACUGAAAAAGAAAAGAUACAUUUAGGGAUUAGUGCAGUUUUGUAAGGGUUCGGUUUUGAAGUCAGGAGAAUUAUCCGUGCAUGGUGAUAACACCUUUAUUUAGCUAUAGAGAUACCAUGCCUAAGCGCACCAUUAGUAAAUUAAUGUUCUAAAAUGCUUUUCCGGGCAGAAUGAGUUCUACUACACUGUUUAGAAGUAAAUAUAUUUUAAAAACUCCUGCGUUAAGCCAGGGCUUGACAAAUUUGCUUGGACUUUAGGACCCACCUAAAAACAUUUUUUAAAGGCACACCAUAUUCACCAGAGCCACUACAGCUUAAUGUAGUUAUUCUGAAGUCUAUAUCCUGUCCCUGCACGCCUUUCAAUGUAAACAUUGUCUUUUCGGAUAAAAGGUUAUGUCUACAUUGCUGCCUAGUAACAGCUCUAGUGGCAGUCACUAGAGGUGCUUCCUUGGUCAGGGCUGCAGUGUGUAGCACCUACAUUAAACCCCCCUUUAGGGAUGCAUUUAUACACACAUACACUCACUCAAACUAUUUGUAUUAUUUUAAGGUUUCACCCAGUCUCCAUACCUUUUGGAGUGCUGGGGUCCAGUGGGGCUCCUGUCAUCUGCCUGCUCUGCUCUAUAGAGCACUGUUUAAUAAUGAUAGGGUGACGUCAUUCCAGUUCCUGGCAUCUCUGGAGGGCAAGGGAGCAGAGCACGCAGGUGAUGGCUCCGUAAUCAACUGCCCGCCUCCCUUAGCUCUCCAUGAGCGGCCAGGCAGCCGGUCACCUUAGAGGCUGAACAGGCUUACAGAUCACAGCUGCCAGGACAAAUGAGGGAGGGGAGGCACAAUAGUGCCAGGAAAACAAACUUUUUUUUCUGGCACUAUAGCUUCCCUUUAAGUACGUAUUAGACAGCGUAUAGGUAAUUGUCAUACGUGGAAUUUCUAUACAGAGGCCAACAAUUUAGCCUUCUAAUGUAAUACCCCUUUUUUCCAAUCAGGCUAAUGCUUAGAUUGGUGGGUGCUGAUAGUAAUUCUUUCUGAAGAUACCAUAAGCAGCUUUUUAAAAUAUACACUGCUUUGUCUUCAAUAAAAUGCAAAAAACAGUGAUACGUUGUCUGAUGGUUUAUCUUUUUCCAUUUGUUCGUGUAAUCUAAUUUUGUGUGUGACUGACACCCUAUUUAAAGGUUUGACAGUCUCUUAUGGGACAGAUAACAUUUUUAGAAUUAUAAACUAAUUAGUGCUAAGGACGUGACUAGUCCUGUUUAAUAUUAGCAGCUCUAAACAAUCCUUCAG